CUUAGGCUUUAAAGAGAACGUUUCGAGAGUAUUUCGAACGAUUUUUUAGGCUGAAUUAAAUUUUUAUCAGCAAACUAUCUGCCACCCUGCCGCUUCAUCGCGUCACAGGUUUAGGUGACUGGGGUUUGAGACCUAGGAUGUGUUUUUUGUUAGCGAUUAUGUCCCGCUAGAUGUAACUGUUCAAUUUGAAUCGUCGCUACGAGGCCGUGCAACGCACUUGCCGGGUGCUCGUCCCGUUUACCAUUCUUCAUAUUCGGUUUUACGGUCAUCGACUCCGAACGUCGCACACCACGAGACCUAAACGUACCCGUCUCUGGAAUCUAUUGCACGUUAUACCCGCGUGAGAAGAAACACCGUUCGUUUCGUACACGAUUUCGAAAGAAUACCGGCGGGAUUCGUUCCGCCGUACGUCGCGUCUCAUCUGGGAACAAUAAGUCGGUGGUUAAAUCGCGUUGCGUAAUACGGACGGUUUCAAUGUCGCAACGUGCCAACCGUGAGAACCCAUAGAUCACGAUGACGAUGACGAUUUAACGAAGAGACGAGAACGCGCUGUGGAAACGCGAUUGUUGUGAAAAGUGCGCCUUUCCGCAUACCUGUUCCACCUACUUCCGCGCGCUCUUCGAACGCCACACACAUGCGGUUCUUGUCGCGUGUAACGCAAGUGCGAAACAAGGAGACGAUAGAGAAGCAUCGCCGGUUGGUAAAAUGAGUAUUAAACGAGCACACUGGGAUGACGGUGUGUCGCAAGUCCUCGACCUGCCAGGUGGUUUGCCGCGCAAUUGACGCAUCUAACAUCCGCAAAUUAUUACUCACACGUACGGUACGGAGAUGAUGAUUCGCUGUACCGUUAUCGAAGAGUGUGGCACGCGUAGUAAAUAACCGGCAAAAAGGACCCGAAGAAACGGAUUCGGUGCGAUUGGACAACGGGCAAUUUAGAGAGGAGUGAAGGGGAGGAUAGUAAUAAUAAUAAUAAUAAUAAUAAUAAUAAUAAACGAUAAUAAAAAUAAUACGGUAAUAAGGAAAGGAAGAAUACAAGAAAAGAGGAUAUUAUGAAGAGCUACGUGACGGUGCAAUAUCGCCCUGCUCCUCAGAUCUGGGUCACGUUCGCAAGCCUUGGAGGCAAAUUGGCGCCGCAUAAUCUUCGGCGUGGAAAAGUGUUGUCCGGAUGACGAUAAGUGCCGGAAGAUCGAGUGAUCCUAUCCGCUGAAACGUGAGAAGAACUUGUACGACAAUUUACAUUCGCAAAUAAACGAUAAAAGUAAAAUCAGCGAGGAUGGAGGCGAUGGGGACGAUAAUUGACAACGCUCAGAAGACACCUGUUGUGAACAACGGAGCCGUUGGCAUUUUGUUGGCGAAAAUCGGGGCGAUGCUGGUCCUUGGAAUCGGAUCGCUCAGCGUAGGAUCGCUACCUCUUUGCAUCAACAGAUGCAGAUUGAGUCGGGGCAGCGCGAGCACCGCUGAAGGUUUGCUGACGUCGCUGCUCCUGUGUUUCGGGGGCGGUGUUCUGCUCUUCACGUCGUUCGUCCACCUGGCCCCGGAAGUCCGCGAGAGCGUGGAGAAGCUGCAGGAGAGCGGUAAGCUGAUGAAAUUGGGUGGCGGCUUGGGUCUGGCCGAACUGUUGCUCUGCGGUGGUUUCUUCUUCGUCUACCUGGUGGAAGAGGCGGUGCACGCGGCGCUGGACCGAAAGCCGGAACCGACGGAGGCGGCGCUGCACCGAAGCGUUUCGCUGCGAAGAUGCAACCGAAGCUCGAGCGGGAGUCGAAGAAGCCGAGAGGCGGGAAGAAGCGGGGAAAAAUCCCUAUCCCCCGACGCCCGGAUAUCCCCAAUGGCCCAGGACCGCGCCUACGAGUCCGACACUGACAACCCCGGGAUCUUCGCCACCCGUAACUCCAGACUCCACCAGGAGGUAGACUCGGGUUACGAGAAGAACGGAAACCUCGCGGGGAAGGUUAACGGAGGCUCGACGUGUCCCUGCGACGCGUCGGCGAACCCGACGAGGAACAGCUUCGGGAACACGAUUCCGCUGUCGCAGAACGAGCGCAGUUAUCUCUCGCGGAACCUGGAAGUCCCACGGGGACUCGACGGCGGGGAAAUCGAAGGAAAGGCGAACCCGCUCUGCGGAAACUCUUCGGCGUCUUCCGCGUCGACGGCCUCGCCCCCGGCCUCGACGCUCCCCCCUAACGCCUCGGUCAGGGGGCUGUUGACCGUGAUAGCGUUGUCCUUUCACGCGAUAUUCGAGGGCCUCACCGUCGGCCUCGAGCCCUCGUUGUCCUCCGUGAUAUACCUGACCGCCGCCAUCGCGACCCACAAAUUGGUGAUCGGCUUCUGCGUGGGGAUGGAAAUGGUAGCGGCCGGGGCGAACGCCAGGAUAGUCCUCGGCUACCUCGUCGUAUUCUCCGUCGUCACUCCCAUCGGCAUCGGGAUCGGACUCGUGAUCGGACGCCUCGAGGACCCCGGCGAAGGACUCGGACCCCUACCAACACUCCUGCAGGGUUUCGCCGCCGGGACCCUUCUUUACAUUGUAUUUUUCGAAGUCCUCGCAAGGGAGAGAGCGAACGAGAAAAGCGGGCUGCUUCAGCUCGCCGCCAUCCUCGUCGGGUUUAUGUUCAUGCUGGGACUCCAGUACGCCACUUCACACUCCCACGAACAUGGUCAUGGUCAUAGCCAUGGCCAUUCCCACGAGGAAGAAACCAAGAACGGCGACGACGAUCAUCUGCAGAAUCACGAUCAUCGGCAUCAUCCCGAUGACUUGAUAGCCUCGACGAUAUCGAACGUCACGGAGAAGAUAUUGGACGUGAUAUCUACAACUCUGUCGUCGACCAUGGUCACGGAAAAGAGUGCAUAACGCAAGAAAUCGGAAAAACAAAAAACGCACCGAGAUCUAAGGAACCCGAAAUGUUCGGGCAUCGCCCAUCGAGAGUGAUGGUCACUCGGCCAGCCAGGAUUCGCCUCGUCAAGACCAAUCGGUGGUUCGUGAAUCGACCGGAAGUUCCCGGGGAAGGUUGCUUAAUCGUGGCCUCAACGAUCAUCCGGAGUUUCACGUGAAAAACAACGGCGAGAGUUAUUAUUAUCGUUAUAAGAAUGGAAUUCGGCGAUGCGGAACGAACGACGUUCACCUAAAACAGGAAACGUAAUGACCGCGUCAUUUUUACCUUCUCAAACUUCUCAAGUUCGUGAAAUUACGCUCUCGUCAUUCGCGAUUUGCGAUACAGACGGACACGGGAAAGGUGGAUCGAAUAUACUUGUUGAAUUGAUGCCUUCUUCGGCGAGGCUCGUUAUAUCGUUGAUCGAAAAUAGAAGCGAAUCAUGACGAUUAUUCUCUCUAUUUCUAAUUCGAAUCAAUAGCACUUGCCUAGCUUCUUGCUUUAGAGUUCAUCGAUUUGUCGUCACAUCAAAACGCGCAGCGCUAAGUUUAACGAGGAAAAUAUUUCUUAACCGCGCUGACUCUUUGAUGCAGUGAGAUUAUACACCUAUUAUCAUUUACUUUGACAGAACAUUACUGUGUUGACUUGAAACUUUUUUUCUAAACUAGUAUUGCUUGAUUAGUCUUAUAAAACAUAUUUACGAUUUAAUGAGUCGCGCAAACGUUAAAUAAUAUCAUUCCUGAGAUUCGAUAUAAAACUUUUCAGUUUGAGGAAAUUAUUUUAUGCUUAAUAAAUGUAGGAAGCGAUUUCUCUAAGUCAGAUAGACCUGUUUCGAGUCAAAUAAAAGUAAAUUAUUAUAGCGAAUCAAAGAUUCAGUCGGCGAUAUCUUUUUCUCAAUGCGCACGGUGAUACGGAAUAGUAAACUUGGUGAUCGCAAUUCUAAUAUUUACAUUAAAUUCUAGCAUGUUAACCAGACUUUCUUGAGUUCCGAUACUUGUCAUAAAAUAAAAAUGAUGCAUUUCCGGGUACUUGAAUUAUUAUACGGUGAACUCACAAUCAGCAAUUAGUUUCACGAGGAGAAAAGUAUAUUUCAAACAUUAUAUCAUUGUGUAGUAAGCUAAAAGCAAAUGGUGAUGAAAACACUUUCUCUGUACAUACCUUAUACCUACAAUAUAAUUAAACAGAGAGCGGUUCUAUUUUUUUACCGUACGCUUUUUCAGAAUAGUGAAAUCUGAUAAUACUGUAAUUCAUUUUUAUCGCUUAUAAACUUUUUUCAAAUCACGUAGAUUCAUAAUUAAGAAUAGAUGUGCACGAGUUAAUCUAGGUAAACAUAAUAAAUGAAAUUCUCAAUCGAAGAGGCCGAUAUGGAUAGAGGAAUGUCGAUUCUCCGGUUGUCAACUGAGAUUUUAGCUCUACGGCUUAUCAAAUACGGACGUAAAAUUCGUUCAUUAGUGUUAAACAAACCUAAUACUUCAUUUUACGUACGACGCUAUAUAGAAGCAAUAAUUCAUAGACUCGAUCCGUGUUGAUACAGUUGUACAUGCACUUAUACUUAACGUAGAGCCGGAAGUAUUUUUUCGCAUUCCACUAUGACUGACAAUGAGUGAAACGGAAAGUAGAAUGAAACGAUAGACACAAUGUGCAAUGAGAAGUAUGAAAUUACCGUGCUGGAAUGUUGAAGUAGCUGUAUUAAUUGGUUGUUUAUCGAGAUGAGAUAUAAGAUUGAACAUGGUUGGACAAUAAGAAUGUUACAAACAAAUAUAUUUCACUUUAGCUUUAAGUAUUUUCAUUUGAAUGUGUCUAUUUUUUACUAUAAAAAUAUAUAUAUAUAUAUAAAUUACAUUCAUUAGUUUUUCAUGCUAAUACUAAAGGUGUUAAAAAAAAAAUCCUAUCAAGCUGGAAGCACUGAUUAAUGCCUUUCAGAUGAAACCUGAUGUAAUAAUAUGCACCGAAGCGUGGCUAACCAAUAAGAUACAUUAUUAUAAGUAUACCCGGAUGUGAUAUAUAUGAUAAUAACAUUAAGAUAAACAUUGCAGAUGGUGUAGUUA